AUGGGUGUCGAACAAAUGGGGAGAAAGCAGGCAAUUCAGGCAAACGUCCCGCUUGCAGAGAUGCUCCGGUACUCGAUUGAUCUCAAGUCAAUGACGAGUGCCCGUGGCAACUUCACGAUGGAAUUCUCGCACUACGAAGUUGCACCUGACGAUGUUGCGCAGAAGGUAAUCGCUGCCUCAAAAACGGAAGAGGAAGAAUAG